AUGAAAGAAAAGACUGAAAAGAACAAAACAGAAGAGGAGGAAGAGGAGGAGGAGGAGGAAGAGGAGGCAGUGGGAGAGGUAGCUGAGGAAGAUGGGGAAGAUGAAAGCCAGGAGAAAAAAAGCAAGAAGAAAUCAAAGUCUGAGGAUUCAGAGAUUGAUGGGGAGGUGAAGAAAAAGAAGAAGAAAAAAACCAAGAGAAGAGACUAUAGCAGUGAGGAGGAAGAUGACUAUGAGCGCAAAAAGAAAAAGAAGAAAAAAGGCAAAAAAAGCAAAGACAAGAAGAAGAAGAAGGGUGACAAGUCCAAGAAAGGAAAGAUAGAUGACAAUUUUUUGGAGAUGUAUGAACAGGAGCUCCGGGACUACCAUUCAGACUCCUCCAAUGCCACGGAAGAUGAAUACAACAAAAAAAAAGAUAAUAUUUGGAACAAAAGAGCCUGUAUCAUUUACGAGGUGGUGACAGUGACAGGAGAUGUCCGGGGAGCAGGAACCGACGCCAACGUCUUUGUCACUCUCUUUGGAGAGCACGGCAUCACUCCCAAGACUCAUCUCACCAGCAAGAGCAGCACGGCCUUUGAGAGGAGCAAAACAGAUGUGUUCCGAGUGAAAACCAAUAACGUCGGACAAAUAAAGAAAAUAAGGAUUGAGCACGACAACACCGGACUGAACGCGGGGUGGUUCCUGGACCGUGUGAUUGUCACCGACAUGAACAGACCUCACCUCAGGUUUUACUUCCCCUGCAACAACUGGCUGAGCAAGGAGGAUGGGGAUGGGCUCUAUGUCAGAGACCUCAUUGGCAGCCUGAACCCCAUGGAUGUACCCAAAAUCAACAAGUACGUGGUCCGGGUUUUCACUGGUGAAGUCAGCGGCAGCGGAACAGACGCGGAUGUCUUCAUCAAUAUCUUCGGUGAGAAAGGAGACACAGGUGUGAGGAAACUGGACAACGACAAAGACAACUUUGAAAAAGGAGCGGAAGACAAGUUCACACUUGAUGCUCCGAAUCUGGGAAAAUUAAGAAAAAUUAAUAUUGGGCACAAUAACAAGGGAGGCUCUGCUGGCUGGUUCCUUGCAAAGGUGAUCAUUGAGGACAUAGGCAACAAAUGUGUGUACCAAUUCCCAGUUGGACGCUGGUUCGCUUUAGACGAAGAUGACGGGAAAAUACAGAGGGACAUUCUUGUUGGGGGCACUGAAGCCACAGGCAUUGUGUACAACGUGGCUGUAGUGACUGGAGAUAUCAGAGGAGCGGGCACCAACUCCAAGAUCCACGUGAUCCUCCAUGGCUCCAAAGGCUUGAAGAACAGUGGGAAGAUUUUCUUGGAAGGAGGUGAAUUUGAGCGUGCCAGGACGGAUCUCUUCAACGUGGAGAUAGCUGCCCUCCUCAGCCCUCUCAGCAGAGUCACCAUUGGGCAUGAUAACUGCGGCGUCAGCUCUGGCUGGUUUUGUGAGAAGGUGGUGGUUUACUGCCCGUUCACUGGGAUUGAGCAAACCUUCCCAUGUGGGAAGUGGCUGGAUGAAGAUGAAGGGGACGGUCUCAUUGAGAGGGAGCUCUAUGAAAUGGUCUCCCUGCGCCAGAAAAGGCUGAAAAAAAAUCCCUGGUCUCUGUGGAUCUGGACAAGUGACAUUAAAAAUGCAGGAACAGAUGCCACCAUCUUCUUCCAGAUUUAUGGAGACAAAGGGAAGUCAGAUGAGAUGAAGCUAGAUAACAAUUCAGACAACUUUGAAACUGGACAGACUGACAAAUUCAUGAUAGAGCUUCCUGAUCUUGGGAACUUUUAUAAGCUUCGGAUAUGGCACGAGAAAAGGAAUCCCUUUGCUGGCUGGCAUCUGAAUAAGGUAACUCUGCUGAAAACGCUGACAAAAGAAAAAUACUCAUUCAACUGCGGCCGCUGGCUAGAUAUAAAUGAAGAGGACAAUGAGAUCGUGCGGGAGCUCCCUGCUGAGGGAUCUCUGGUGACUGAAGUCAUGCCAGUGAUCAAGUAUCGCGUGACGGUGUGCACGGGCACGGUGAGUGGCAGUGGCACAGAUGCCAAUGUCUUCGUCUGCCUCAUUGGGGACCAGGGGGACACGGGCGAGCGCGUCCUCUACAACUGCAUCAACACCGUCAAUAAGUUUGAAAAAGGCAACAGUGCAGGGGGGUGGAAAUGGACUGAAAUGAAGACAGAGCUUAUUCCCUGGAAAGCUGGAGAUAAUGAAGAAGUCGAACAGUCGUUAAAGCCCUUGCAGCACUGGCAGUAUCAGCAAGCAAAUAGUUUGCUGAUCUGAUCUGUAGGGUCAAGCUACUUAAUAUGUAUCCAAUUUUGGAUCUCUAGGGUCCAACUUAGACUGGUAAAUUGUAAUCAAUAUCUCCAGAAGGAGAUUUUGAGAAUCUGAUCACAGCACUCUGAAGGUUUCCCAUCUCUCAUGUCAUUAUUUGAUUGAAGGUUCAGAGUGGAAAGAAAAUGAAGAUAAAAGGAGGUCACGUUUUCAAAAUAGACCAUUGAAUUUAGGCUUCUGAAAUAUGCAUUAGCACUUCAAAUUUGCCUUUCAGUGUCCAGAGUUUCCAAUUCUUCACUGAAAUCACUGAGUUCUCGUGGACUUUAAAAGAACUUGCAUCAAGUAUUUCUUGUGCUUUUAAGAUCUGUCUGUGGAAAUGUGGUAAUUACAUAGUGUGAGAGUCCAUUCUGCUUCUAAAUUAUAUAUAAGUUUGCAUAAAGGGACUUUGCAAACAUCUUUUUUUUGCAUUGACAUUAUAUAUAUUUUAGCUAUAAAAGGUAGAUCCAAGCUGUAAAGGAUGGCAUUUUGUCAUUUGAUGAAGCCUUUAUUUGUCAAAAUGGUAGCAAAAUGAGUUGUGUUUUGGUGCUGAAGACUUUUUCAGUGCAGUUCCAAAGAAAGAUGCUUGGUUUGCAGAGAAUAAAAAUAUUUUAAACACUUGGAGAUAAUGGCUAUUUUAUGGGAUGUUCCAUCCUUGUCCAAGUCCACGUUGGAUGAGACUUAGAUCCACUUGGUCUAGUGGAAAGUCCCUUUAAGGUCCCUUCCAACCCAAAUCAUUCUAGGGUUCUGUGAUCAUUCUAUGAUAUUUAAUCACAAAAAUAAGUUGUAGGCUAACUUGCAUGGAGGAUAAAAAGGGAAAAAUAAUUUUGGCAAUCAGUUGGAGUGAUUAAUAGUGUGCAGAUGACAUAAACCAAACUGGAGACUUUUAGAGGAAAACUGCUCUCCUGGCACGAGGAGCUGAAAGCUGGUGAAUGAAUGGGAAGUUGUUUAAGAAUUGAUCCUGACAAACUUAGAGCUCAUAUAUUCAAGAAGCUGAAUGAGUAUAUCUACACUGAUUAACUCAGAUACCCUGUUAAAAAGAAAUGUUGCUAAGUCAGUACGGUCUCUAAUCUACAGCCACUUAAACCAAUAGAACCUUGAUUACCAAUUUGGCUUAAAAAGUUUGCCUGCAGAUGCAAACUAACAGCCUGUGUAGAAAGUAAGAUUUAAAGAUGCCUCUAAAUUAAGUGUUUGCCCUGUUGUGGUUCCAGUUAGUUACUUACUCAUUAAUUUAUAUCAGCCAUUAAUAAGUAAGGUGAGCAUCAGGACUAAUGAAUUAAAUUAUAUUGACUUGGACUGAGUCAGUGAGGUUUUGAUGCCCUAAAUCCCCAAUUCAGCACUUUUGAGUAUGUAAGUAGCAUUGACUUAUGUAAGCCCAUCACUAACACUUUAAGCAGUGGCAAAAUGCUUAGCUGUCCUCAUUCUAAAGGUGACUUUGGAGUCCUGAAUGAUGACAUAAUUGUUAUCAUUUUAAUAAAUUUUCGUAUUUGCGUAAAUACUGCCCUGCCACCGUGUUUCCUGGGAGCUAGCUGGAUAUAUGCUACCACCACGAGUGCUUUUGGGACAUGAAGAACAACCAAAAGACACUGGUUUUCCAUCUCUUACCUAAGCAAGGCAUCCCAUCCAGAUGGCCACUGCAGCAGGCACGUCUCCUUGUUGGGCUACGCACUGCAGCUAUGCUGUGUGUUUACAGCCAGGAUUUACCAUGCUUGUGCCAUGUGUGUGCAUCUGUACACGGGCCACAGAUACUUUUGCCUGGUCUGGUUCCCAGAAGAAUAUCCUGCUCUUUUAAUGCAUUUCUCUUCUCUUCUCUUAUCCAUCAGGGAUUGUUGGUGCCAGUCAGCUCUUGAGUAACAGAGCUCUGAUCUUAGGG